CACAACAACCAUGUUGCUGUCGCCUGAGUUGCAGAGUCUUUCCUUUAGUUUGCUUCUUGUCUCUAUGAAGCUUAGACUUGGUUCGAAAAAAUAAAGAAUUAACAACGACAAGAGUACUUAAUUUGUCUACCUACUGGCCAGUCGUUAUUUCUUUCGUUUCUUUUCUAUAAUUUUAAAACAAAAUUGCAAUUCUUUUGCGCGUCAUCCAUUAGCGUUGUCGUCGGAUAGUCGAUCGUUCUGGCUCUAUACAAUUUCACUUCGUCAAAGCAAUUAACCGACAUUUACACAUACAUAUACUCAAAUGUCAGAAUAGAUUGCUGCCGCUCGUGUGCAACAUUGUGCAAACUACCGGAAGCGUUAGUGUUUGUUUGUUUGUCUUCUCUGUGCUGAAUGUGGUUGCAAACUCAAAAGAAUUUAACGACCCAUUAAAAACAAAAAUAAGCUAGAAACAGCAACUACAAAAAAAUGCCUCAAACCGUGUCAUCAAUUAACGAUCAACUGACCAAACUAAUCGGUUGUCAAGAUCUGGGUGAUAUAACCCCCGAACUAUGUGACUUCUCAUUGGAAGAACAAAAUGCUGUGAGUGAAGCGCAGGGCGUUCAGCCAUCAGCUGCUUCGGAUUUCGUUCCGGUACUUGGCAAAUCGGUGACCUACAUUGUGACAGUGGUCAUGAUCAAUGAUCAAGAUGAAGUUCUGAUGAUACAGGAGGCCAAACAGUCGUGCGCGGGAAAAUGGUAUCUGCCCGCUGGUAAAAUGGAAACCGGUGAAACCAUAAUCGAGGCAGCAGUGAGAGAAGUCUUCGAAGAAACUGGACUGAAAUGUGAGAUGACGACAUUAAUUGGCGUCGAAACUGCUGGUGGAUCGUGGGUUCGAUUUCUACUGACCGGACGAGUAUUGAGUGGUAAUUUAAAGACACCCGAUCAAGCCGACCAAGAAUCUCUGCAGGCCAAAUGGUUCGCCGAUAUCAGUGAACUAACUUUGCGCGCCAAUGAUAUUUUAAAUCUUAUAAAAAUGACAAGAACAUACAAGGCCCGUGCGCAAUCGCCUGCGCUAUGGCACUCCGAAAUGAUGCCAAUCCAAUACGCACACCAUAAGAACUACUUGCGAAUUGUAGCGGUGAUUCGUAAGCGCUCCACAAACACUCUCAAUGUCUUGGUAAGUGAAAGGAACGUCCAUCAUUUGCCCACGGUUGAAAUGCAUCCGGCCCGGAGUCUCCAUUCAACCCUGAGGAAAUUCAUGAUCGAACUAUUCGGAGCUGAACUUCCUCAACAUCGUCCACACGGACUUCUCACUGUGGAACAUUCCCCCGCUGCUUAUCCUCAUACAACCGAUGGCUUCUGCUUGACACUUUUGGUGGUUUUUCGUCCCCCACUGGAAGAUGUGGCGGUCAUUGGCAAGGCCGUCUGGCAGGAGAUGAGCAAAGAAUUAGAAGACAAGUUUGGACGCAUGGUGGGAAGCAACCAUUCCACGCUGCCACUCAAUGUUAUAAGAUAAACUUGUAUGCUUUUUGAAUCUCCAUAGAAUUUAUGUCUCAAAAACAAUAUUAGUGACUGUUUUUUUGUAAAUAUUGACACUAUGCAUUUUAUAUUUUUGUUCCAAUUAAAAAUCAGUUUUAUUUUGCUUUCUGUGUAAAAAUUCAAGCAUUCGAAUCUUUUUCAUAAAUUACUUUAAGUCAUUUGAUUUGUUGUUGUGUUCAUACACAGAAAGCAAAAAGUAGCAUUUAUAAUUAGUUUUGUUUCUGGUGUUUCUAAAAUUUGUCACAAAUUAAUGUUGUAUCUAUAAAUUACAACUUUCAAUUACUAGAAGUACCUAUUGACAAAAAAAAAUAAAAUAAAAAACAAAUGAAUCUCUAAAUAUUUCUCUCUUGCUUGUUUAUUGUUAUUGUGGAUCGAAAGGUGUAUUAAUCCACAAAGUAUAUUCAAAUGUUUUUUUCUAUUUUAUUUUAAAUAAAUAAUGAAAAUAAUUAUUAAAGAAGAUUUAUGGAUGUAUAUGAACGUAUUAUGUAAUUUUAUAGUAUUUAUCUUUUUUAUCAAUGUUUUAUCACCUUUGUGUGUAAGAACUAGGUGUUUAGUGCGAGUUUAAUUAAUUUUAAUAAAAUUAACAACAAAUAUUGCUAUAAAUAA